ACGUUCAGUCACAUGAGGAUGUGAAGAUAAAUUCGUGAGGGAAGAAGAUUUCAGUUUGAUUCAGCGACGAGGAAGGAAUAUUGCUGGAAAGCUGAAUACAAAUAUGUCUCAGACGUUGCUAUUUCUUAAGCCUUCUGCUCCUUCCACUGCCAAUUGGAGGAGACCAAAGAUAUGUGAAGGCUUAGUUGGCAUCAAUGUCUCUAUCUGUAGAAGAAGAGCAGAGAUUGUUUGUCUUGGGAUGUUGACUCCAAGAAAGUUCAUGCAGAGGAGGAAGAAAGUUGAAAACUUUAAAGAUGCAGAUGAUGAAGCAGAUCAAAAGAAUUGGAGGAAAUUGAUGACGGAAAUUGAAGAAACUGGGUCAGCUGUUUCAGUUCUCAGAACCCAGAGAAUCAGGAACGAGCCUCUUCCUAAAAACCUUGUUUUGGGGACUUUGAUUAGGUUUAAACAGCUAAGGAAAUGGAACCUUGUCAGCGAGAUUCUUGAAUGGCUUCGGCAACAGCAUUGGUGGGAUUUUAACGAGAUGGAUUUGCUCAUGCUUAUUACUGCAUAUGGAAAGCUGGGAGAUUUUAACAAAGCCGAAAAUGUAUUAAGUUACAUGAACAAAAAGGGAUACAAACCAAGUGUGAUAUCCUACACUGCUCUUAUGGAAGCGUAUGGAAAAUCACGCAAGUUCAAUCAAGCAGAGGCCAUCUUUAGAAGAAUGCAAACUUCCGGCCCCGAACCUUCUGCAUUUACAUAUCAAAUCAUUCUGAAAACAUUUGUCGAGGCAGACAAAUUUAAAGAAGCAGAAGAGACCUUUGAUACCCUUUUGUCGAUGGAUACGCCUCUCAAGCCUGAUCAGAAAAUGUUCCACAUGAUUAUUUACAUGCACGGAAAAGCAGGGAACUUUGAGAAAUCUCGGAAAGUCUUUUCAAUGAUGAGUGAACGAGGAGUGCCAAAAUCUACAGUUACUUUCAAUAGUUUGAUGUCAUUCGAGACAAACUACAAAGAGGUUGCAAGAAUAUAUGAUGAGAUGCAAAGAGCUGGUUUUGCACCUGAUGUUGUGAGCUAUUCCCAACUAAUUAGUGCUUAUGGAAAAGCAAGAAGGGAAGACGAAGCAUUAGCUGUUUUCGAGGAGAUGCUCGAUGCUGGUGUUAGGCCAACACAAAAAUCUUAUAAUAUUUUGCUUGAUGCAUUUGCCAUCUCGGGAAUGAUUGAGCCAGCACGAACCGUCUUUAAGUCUAUGCGAAGGGACAGAUGCACCCCUGACCUUUGCUCCUAUACGACGAUGCUAUCUGCUUAUGUGAAUGCAUCUGACAUGGAAGGUGCUGAGAAGUUCUUUAUACGAAUAAAGGUUGAUGGGCUUGAACCAAAUGUUGUUACAUAUGGUGUAUUGAUUAAAGGAUAUGCAAAGAUAAAUGAUGUUGACAAAAUGAUGGAGAAAUAUGAACAAAUGCUUGCUGGUGGUAUCAAAGCUAACGAAACUGUUUUAACCACAAUCAUGGACGCAUAUGGCAAGAACCGUGAUUUUGACAGUGCUGUCAUUUGGUUUAAAGAGAUGAAAUCUUGUGGAAUUUUACCCGAUCAGAAAACGAAGAACGUCCUUCUCUCUUUGGCAAAAAGUGUUGAAGAACAGAUGGAAGCCAAUCAGCUCUUAGGAGAAUAUGAACAUUUGGCUGGUGAGGAAAAGAUUUGCGGUUUGUCAAAACUUUCAAAUGUUAAUCAUGCAAACAGCGAUAACGAAGACAGUGAUGAAAUCGAUAGUGAAGACAGUGAUGACAUCGAUAGUGAAGACAGCGAUGACAUCGAUAGUGAAGACAUCGAUAGUGAAGACAGCGAUGAAGAGAAAGAAGACGAAGUGGUAAAAUCUGAUGGCAGGAUUGAACUCGACAGUUUUCUCCAGCAAACUGUAAGUUUAGUUGAAUUGUGAAAUUAGAAGUGUUGUGCUUUCUGUAUUUUCAGCAAACAUGUAGUAAAAUGUAGCCCUUGUAUCUCUCUAUAUUUUUUUGACAACAUAAAGAAUUUUGGUCCAUGUCUGUGAGUCCCCUCUUUGUUAUAAUCCUCUAUUUAAAUGUGUAACUGUCACUCUUCUUCCCUAAAUUAUAGUUGUAUAAGAGAUAUGUUAAUAUAGAUGA